AAAUCAUAAUCCACACACUCCACGUAUGGAUUGGGCUAAUCCAACCCGUACCCCGCAGCUUCUCCGGAAUAAUGCGGUGAUGAGAUUGAGAAUUAACUCCAGAUUAUCAUCCUGAUCCAUACAAACCCAACCAAGGAAUCCGGUUAGGGAACAAUCUCUCUCGGUGACUCCGAUUCGUUGUCCUUUAUGGGUUUUGGUCCGUUAAUUUUUCUGCUUCUCCGAUCAGAUUCCCGAUUAUAGGACUCGUUGCUCAAGCACUUCUGUUUCUGAAUUCUCUUAUGAUCAUUGCCUUUGGAAAUUUUGAAAGUUUUUUAUUUUUGUUGUCCAGUCGUCGGGGAUGGACUUGCCGUUCGUCUCUCCAUUGUAUCUUUCUACUCAAAAGAAAGCCUUCAAUGGACAUAACCCAUUUUGCAGAGUCCGUAGAGAAGAUUCUUGUAGAAGAACGUUUCAAUGUUUAGCAACCGUUGCCAGCCAAACAACUCAGACAUAUAAUUAUGGGUUGGAAACCAAGAAGAACGAUCUUCUGGUUGCUGUUCAAGAAACUCAACGGGGGCUUGUAGCAUCAUCUGAUCAACGUUGUGUCAUAGAGGAGGCUCUGGUCAAUGUAGAGGCGUAUAGCAUGGGUCUCCCUAUUGACCUGAUGAAAUUGGAUGGCACAUGGCGACUACAGUACACUUCGGCUCCUGAUGUUCUUAUUCUUCUUGAAGCUGCAGACAGACUUCCUUUCUUUCAGAUUGGGCAAAUCUUUCAGAAAUUCGAAUGUCAGGACAGUUCGAAUGAAGGAAUUGUUCGAAAUGUCGUUCGCUGGAGUAUCCCAUCACUGUUAGAGGAACAGGAAGGAGCAACUCUGCUUGUAUCUGCAAAAUUUUCUGUUGUUUCUUUACGUAACAUCUACCUAGAAUUUGAGGAGAUCAGUGUCCAAAACAUAAAGAUUAGCGAACAGCUGCAGGCUUUAAUUGCUCCCGCAAUACUCCCACGGUCAUUUCUAAGUCUUCAGAUCUUGCAAUUUCUUCGGAGUUUUCAAGUUGGCGUUCCUGUGAGAAACUCAGGGAGCAGCCGAGGAGUAGGAGGACUGUAUUACCUUUCAUAUUUGGAUGGGAAUAUGCUAUUGGGUCGUGCAGUGGGUGGCGGCGGAGUUUUUGUGUUUACCAAAGCUCAACCUCUCCAAUGCUAAACCAAAGAAACAGAUUCCAAUUACUCACGCUCUCACCUUACAGCUGAGUUCACCUUUUUUCUUUUUGCAUCAGUUUCAACAUCUGUAUGAGAAACCGAUGAACAUCUAGAACUACGGUAGUAAAUUACCUAUAUUACCUCUUAAGCAACUUUUAAAAUUUGUAUGAGAUUCACACUAUAAAUGUCAAAUAAUCAAUAAAGAUGGUAUGCACUACAAAAUAUUUAGACA